GGUUCUAGCACAUAUAGGGGUGAGUGGGAAUGAGAGGGCAGACAAGUUAGCAAAGAGGGCUUAAAGAAAGGAGACAUAGAAAUGAGAGUUAGCAUCAGUAAGGCGGAGGUCAAGAGUAUUAUCUGGGAAAACGUCAACCAAAUGUGGCAAAAUAGGUGGGACAGAGAAAAAAGGGAGACAUUUGUAUCUUAUUCAAAGGAGUGUUACGGCAACCAGGGUGGGAAGUUGGAACAGGAGAGAGGAAACAGUGCUGACAAGGCUACGGUGGGCCGCACUGCACUCAACAUGACACUGGAAAUGAUCGUGAAACACCAGACAGGGCUGUGUGAAGCAUGUGGAGAAGAGGAGUCAGUGGAGCAUGUGGUGGUUCAUUGUAAGGCGCAUGAGACUCAUAGAGGUGAUGAGGAAGAAACUGGGGGAAUUGGGGGUGCGUGAGUGUCCACUGAAGGGAAUACUGAGCAUGGGGGGGAGAGCAAAGAUUAGAGUACUGUUCACGUUCUUAAAGGACACAGGGGUUUAUUAUAGGGUAUAGUUGAAAUGUAGGGAUGAGGGUUACAUUAAAAAUUUAUAUAUAUUUUAUAUAUAUAUAUAUAUAUUUGGUUUUUUGUUUUGUUGGUUUUGUUUGUUUUGGGGGUAAGGCGUCAACUGACGGAAUAGUACUCCAGAGGGUAGCGGUAAUGCAUCAAUAAUAUGGAUGACAACCGCCGUUAAAAAAGAAGAAGAAGAAGAACUCGGAAACCGGCUCGUGAGCUACUUUAAACACGACCUGACGUCACACAUAUUAUGUAUGAAGCCGAGUAAAAAACAAACCGGUUCUCACUACGACCUGCACGUCGUGAACAUUAUGACGUCAAAGGUGCUUUUUAUCUACAUCCGCUCCGAAAGAAACCACAAUACCCAAAAUGCUCUGCGCGACUUCCGGGGUCGGUGAACAACAGCAGCGGAGCGGUGCCGUGAUGCCCCUGGAGGUCAGAUGGCCGUUCCCACAAUGCCCUGCUUUGGCCUGGAGGAUCUCCAGCUCACUGAUCAUGGGGAUGGUGGGCUCCUACUCCUACUUCUGGACCCACUACAUGAACUGCUUGACGGUCCACAACCACGAGGUUUUGUUGGACUUGAUUGACAGGCGGCCCUCAGACACGCCCCUCAUCACUCUGUCCAAUCACCAGUCUUAUAUGGAUGACCCACAUAUCUGGGGUGUGCUGAGGUUCAGACAGCUGUGGACCUUCAACAAGAUGCGCUGGACUCCGACAGCAUCGGACAUCUGUUUCACGAAAGAGCUGCACUCCAGGUUCUUCAGUCGUGGGAAGUGCGUUCCGGUCUGCAGAGGCGACGGCGUGUACCAGAGAGGAAUGGACUUCAUGGUGGAGAAGCUGAACAGUGGAGAGUGGGUACACAUCUUUCCUGAAGGCAAAGUGAAUAUGACGGAGGAAUCCAUUCGGUUGAAGUGGGGGAUAGGUCGGCUCAUAGCAGAGUGCUCCCUCAACCCCAUCAUCCUGCCGCUCUGGCAUGUGGGUCUGAAUGACGUUCUGCCCAACGUGGCGCCCUACGUUCCUCGGACUGGAAAGAAAAUCACCGUCCUGGUGGGGAAACCGUUCAGCGUGAAGGACCUGGUGGAAUCCCUCCGAGCCGAAAACAUGAGCCAGUUGGAAAUGAGGAAGACCUUGACUGACUUCAUCCAGGGGGAGUUCCAGAGCCUGAAGGCCCAGGCCCAGGCCCUGCACCAGCAGGUCCAGACUACCACCUGAGACCCUGCACCAGCAGGUCAAGACCACCACCUGAGGCAAUGCACCAGCAGGAAGUGGAAGUGCAGAGACAGAUCAGAAGGCAAAUGUGUGUGUUCUGUUGUCUUCUGCAG